CAAAGCUUUUCUUCUUCUUUCCGCUUUGUCUCAGAUCACUGAGUGAAUCGCUCGAAGAAGAGAGAAGAUGAGCAGAGGAAGUGGCGGUGGGUACGAUCGUCACAUAACCAUCUUCUCUCCGGAAGGUCGUCUCUUUCAAGUUGAAUAUGCCUUCAAGGCGGUGAAAGCAGCUGGCGUCACUUCAAUCGGUGUUCGAGGGAAGGAUUCGGUUUGCGUCGUUACCCAGAAGAAAGUCCCGGACAAGCUUUUGGACCAGUCUAGUGUCACUCAUCUUUUCCAAAUCACCAAGUACCUUGGAUUGUUGGCCACUGGCAUGACUGCCGAUGCGAGGUCCUUGGUUCAACAAGCCAGGAAUGAGGCGGCUGAUUUCAGGUUCCGAUAUGGAUAUGAGAUGCCGGUGGAUAUUCUUGCUAAAUGGAUUGCCGACAAGUCACAGGUCUACACUCAACACGCUUAUAUGAGACCCCUUGGAGUUGUUGCCAUGGUUCUGGGUAUUGAUGAAGAGAAAGGACCUCUUCUUUACAAGUGUGACCCUGCUGGACAUUUUUACGGUCACAAGGCAACUAGCGUUGGCAUGAAGGAGCAAGAAGCAAUCAAUUUCUUGGAGAAGAAAAUGAAAGAAAACCCUGCAUUCACUUAUGAUGAAACAGUGCAGACCGCAAUUUCCGCUUUGCAAUCUGUUCUUCAAGAAGACUUCAAGGCUACUGAAAUCGAGGUGGGAGUUGUUCGAGCAGAUAAUCCCGUCUUUCGGGCAUUGACGACUGAAGAGAUUGACGAGCACUUGACAGCCAUUAGCGAGCGAGAUUGAUAGGUAUCCCCCACUCAAAAACUAUCUCGGGUUUGAUUAUAUAGUCGGAGAAAUCUGUCUUUCUGCACUUGCCUCUGUCAUAUUUUGAGAUUUUGUUUUUUUCUCGCGUUUUCCUUCUUUUUGUAUUGCUUGAAAGAUGGGCAAGACUUGUUUUGAAUCAGUCACAUUCCAUUUCUUGAUACACUUGCUCUCUCUGUUUAUGCUCUCUUA